AAUAACAGCGAUCUAAUGAUCUUUAAAUUCUUUCAGCUCAGCCUCAAGAAUGGUCAUAGAAAAGAAAAAUAAAAAAGAAAACUGUUGGCUCACUUCAAGAGGAUUAGCACAUGCAGAGCUCAUGAUAAUCCACCACCCGGAGUGAGAAUACAUGAAAGAUGACGACGGAAAACAAGAUUGCAGAAGCAGUAACGAUGGAAAGUGAACUGGAAAAGAGAAGCGUCACAUGUGAGCUCCUCGAUCCAAUCCUAAACAAAUUUUCCUCAGAGGAAUCAAAGAAAUCCCCAGGCAUGCAGGACCUGCCUGCUGAAAUUAGCGAACUCCAUGCAGAAGACGUGCAUUCAAGUUGUGAGUUUGCAGAAAGCACACAUGCGGACAGAAAAGACAUCGACAGAGCUUCAGAGGGGGAGAAGUUUUUAGAAUCGUCUUCUGAAGCAGCAAUUGUUAUGGCAGAGGAUAACAAACAACUACUGAGAGCUGAAACAUUAGAAACUGAUGACAGGAUGACAGAUGAGGAGAAGCAUUUCCAAGAAGAGAAGGGUGACAAGGAUUAUGAUACUGAUGAUGUCACAAGUGCUGUUUCCCGCGUUGCAAAGACGGUGGAAGCAAAUUUCAAUAUAAUUGAAGAGCAAACAACCAAUGAAGUCUUGGACCAAAAUGUCGACACGGGCUGUGGUCCUAAAGUUGACUGCACAGACAAUGUUGCGAAUAUGGAUCCUACAUUUGUACCCAAAAGUGUAGGAGACAACAUCUUCGACGUAGAGAGUGAAGUAUCAGAGAAAUUGUUGGAUUUACCAGCUGAACAAAAGGUGCCACAGUCACUGGAUAUAUGCAAACAAAAAGAAAAUGAAAAGGUCGAGAUCGACAAUAUCAUACAGAAUGGAGCCAGAGAUGCCUCCAUAGCAGCAGUAGCAGCAAGUUCAGACACUCCAAAUGAUGACACCAUAAUCAGAGAUGAGGGAGACAAAAUGCCUGAUGAGUCAUCCACCACAGUGGCUGCGGACAUGUCAAUGAAGCACGAACAUGAAGUGGGUACAGUAGAGCUCAAAGAAACCACCAGCACUGAAAGCCAAGAUCUGACUGAAUUAAGUGCAGAAAUGAAACAAUUGAUGCCAGAAGGAGAAAAUGAAGAAUACAAAAGCAACUCAACAGGUUCUGCUGUUAUCAUAGAACCAGUAGCACAUAGCUCGCAUCAAAUUGACGAAGGGGUUGCACUCAAAAUGGAUGUGGAGGAAGCAAAUGAUUUGACUCAGGAGACAAUUAUCCAAGUUGUUCAGAAUACCUUGGCAAAAGAUGAGGAUGGCGUGGACCGAAAAGACAACCUUGACAAUUCACCAGCAAAACAUGAAGAGUCUGCGCAGAGAGAUUAUAGCAAUCUGUUUAGUACGGAAGCUUCAGAAGAAGAGAGAAAUGAUAGUGGAUAUUUGACAGGUGAGGUGGUCACGGACGCCAGUCGUCAAGGGAUAACUGAUGCUAAAGAUCACAUUGCAAAGGAAAUACCAUCAGUUGAAGCAGAAGCAGAGGGAAGUUUCUUACAACCAAGUCUAUUGGGCAAUGAGCAACCUGAUAUUAAUACUGUGGUGCAACAGAAAGCAGUUUCAUGUAUCAAAGAGGAUUCACAUAGCAAGAGCUGUGAAGGUGGCUUUACCCAAAAUGCAGAUGGAGACAAAUCUGUGGAUGACUCGCCAAACGAUGGAGAAAUACAAGAGAACUCUCCACUAAAUCCAGAAGGGGACGAACAAAGAACUGAAGUGGCUGAUCUGGAAGUCAAAUGUGAAAAAGUUACUGGAGAGUGGGAAGCAUGCAAGCCAAAGGAAGCAAAAACUGAAGAUGAAUCUGAAGCAUGCAGUAGCAGAGAAUUUCAGGAUGCAGCACAUCCAUCUAGAGAAGGACAUGAUCCUAAAGAUGUGGCAACUGACAUAGCUGCCCCAGGUGAUAUCUACAGUACAGAAAGUGUUGCUGAUGCGACACUCCGACCGACUUUUGAACCAGAAAUCGUUCUGGAAACAGCUCCAGCAAGCAGAGCUGAACCUGGCAGCUGUUGUGGAGAAAAGGAACAAGCUACAGAAGUGGAUGAAAAUGAAGAACUCAAGGCAAAGUCCUGCAAUACCACAGACCUCUCAGAAGAAACCAUCGGAACAAGUCCAGCUGAGUUCUCUGAUGCUAUGCAGAAGGAAAAUGAAUGUGAAAUCAAGUUAUCAGAGGAGUCUGAACCAGCUGGAGCAGAUAAGAGUUUGGAGGAUGAUGCACCUCAAGACAAUGAAAGUUCUGAGACGUCUCUUCAAAUUCCACCACCGACGCAUGGGGAAAUGACACGGGAAGUGGAAGGAGAAGAGAAAGGGACAUCUACUGUCAUUUUAGCUGAUAACAGCAGCAUCACUGGGCUGGAGAAGGUUAUAGAAGAAGCACCAACGCCUGAAAAAGAUUCUGAAGAAACAGUGAACAAGAAUGAAGGGGCAAAAGAGUUCGAAAGAUCGUUAAAUGAGACACCCGAACCAACUGAGGUAGAUAUUACCAAAAGUCCAAAAACAGAUGGAACCAUUCUUUGCCAUGAAGAAUUGUCAGCAGAAGGAAAUAAUGAGGACAAUGUCAACUAUGAACAAAAUGAGACAAACGAGGUAAAAAUUUACGAGCAAACAGGGAGAUCUAGCACAAAGGAGGGUCCGGAAGAUCUAAUUCUGCUUAAAGCCAACGAGGAAACUGGAGAAUCCACAGUACCAGACUUGAUUGAAGAGGAUCCUAUUCGACAUGGACAUGAUCCUGAAGAUGUGGCAACUGAUAUAGCUGCCCCAGGUGAUAUCUACAGUACACAAAGUGACACUGAUGUGAUACUUCAACUGACUUUUGAACCAGAAAUCGUUCUGGAAACUGCUCCAACAAGCAGAGCUGAACCUGAUAGCUGUUGUGGAGACAAGGAAAAGGCUACAGAAGUGGACGAAAAUGAAGAAGUCAAGGCAAAGUCUUGCAAUACCACAGACCUCACAGACCUCAAAGAAGAAACCAUCGGAACAAGUCCGGCUGACAACUCUGAUACUACACAGGAGGAAAAUGAAUGUGAAAUCAAGUUAUCGGAGGAGUCUGAAGCAGCUGGGGAUAGGAGUUUGGAAGGCGAUGCACCUGAAGACAAUGAAAGCUCCGAGAAGUCUCCUCAGAUUCCACUGCCCACGCAUGGGGAAAUGACACUUGAAGUGGAAGGAGAAGAAAACGGGAAAUCUGAUGUUGUUUUAGCUGAUAACAGCAGCGUCACUGGGCUGGACAAGGUUAUAGAGCAAGCGUCGAUGCCAGAAAAAGAUUCUGAAGAAAUAGUGAACAAGGAUGAAGGGGCAAAUGAGUUCAAAAGACCAUUAGAUGAGAUACCUGAACCAACUGAGGCAGAUAGUACCGAUAGUGCAAAAACAGAUGGAACCAUUCUUUGCCAUGAAGAAUUAUUGGCAAAAGGAAAUAAUGAGGACAAUGCCAAGUAUGAACAAAAUGAGACAAACAAGAUCUAUGAGCAAACGGGGAGAUCUAGCACAACUGAGGGUCCAGAAGAAAUAAUUCUGCUUAAAGCCAACAAGGAGACUGGAGAAUCCAUGGUACCGGACUUGAUCGAAGAGGAUCCUAUUCAACAUGGACAUGAUCCUGAAGAUGUGGCAACUGAUAUAGCUGCCUCAGGUGAUAUCUACAGUACGGAAAGUGCCACUGAUGACAUGCUUCAACCGACUUUUGAACCAGAAAACGUUCUGGAAACUGCUCCAACAAGCAGAGCUGAACAUGACAGCUGCUGUGGAAAGAAGGAACAAGCUACAGAAGUGGAUGAAAAUGAAGAAGUCAAAGCAAAGUCCUGCAAUACCACAGACCUCACAGAAGAAACCAUCGGAACAAGUCCUGCUGAGAACUCUGAUACAACACAGAAGGAAAAUGAAUGUGAAAUCAAGUUAUCGAAGGAGUCUGAAGCAGCUGGGGCAGAUAGGAGUUUGGAAGGCGAUGCACCUGAAGACAAUGAAAGCUCCGAGAAGUCUCCUAAGAUUCCACUGCCCACGCAUGGGGAAAUGACACAUGAAGUGGAAGGAGAAGAAAAAGGGAAAUCUGAUGUCAUUUUAGCUGAUAACAGCAGCAUCACUGGGCUGGACAAGGUUAUAGAGCAAGCUUUGAUGCCGGAAAAAGAUUCUGAAGAAAUAGUAAACAAGAAUGAAGGGGCAAAUGAGUUCAAAAGAUCGUUAGAUGAGAUACCUGAACCAACUGAGGCAGAUUGUAAUGAUAGUGCAAAAACGGAUGGAACCAUUCUAUGCCAUGAAGAAUUAUCAGCAAAAGGAAAUGAUGAGGACAAUGCCAAGUACGAACAAAAUGAGAUAAACAAGAUCUACGAGCAAACGGGGAGAUCUAGCACAGCUGAGGGUCUGGAAGAAAUAAUUCUGCAUAAAGCCAACAAGGAGACUGGAGAAUCCACAGCACCAGACUUGAUCGAAGAGGAUCCUAUUCAACAUGGACAUGAUCCUGAAGAUGUAGCAACUGAUAUAUCUGCCUCAGGUGAUAUCUACAGUACAGAAAGAGUCACUGAUACGAUACUUCAACCGACUUUUGAACCAGAAAUCGUUCUGAAGACAGCUCCAACAAGCAGAGCUGAACCUGACAGCUGCUGUGGAGACAAGGAACAAGCUACAGCAGUGGAAGAAAAUGAAGAAGUCAAGGCAAAGUCCUGCAAUACCACAGACCUCACAGAUCUCACAGCAGAAACCAUUGGAACAAGUCCGGCUGAGAACUCCGAUACUACACAGAAGGAAAAUGAACGUGAAAUCAAGUUAUCGGAGGAGUCUGAAGCAGCUGGGGAUAGGAGUUUGGAAGGCGAUGCACCUGAAGACAAUGAAAGCUCCGAGAAGUCUCCUCAGAUUCCACCGCCCAUGCAUGGGGAAAUGACACUUGAAGUGGAAGGAGAAGAAAAAGGGAAAUCUGAUGUCAUUUUAGCUGAUAACAGCAGCGUCACUGGGCUGGACAAGGUUAUAGAGCAAGCGUCGAUGCCUGAAAAAGAUUCUGAAGAAAUAGUGAACAAGGAUGAAGGGGCAAAUGAGUUCAAAAGACCGUUAGAUGAGAUACCUGAACCAACUGAGGCAGAUAGUACCGAUAGUGCAAAAACAGAUGGAACCAUUCUUUGCCAUGAAGAAUUAUCGGCAAAAGGAAAUAAUGAGGACAAUGCCAAGUAUGAACAAAAUGAGACAAACAAGAUCUAUGAGCAAACGGGGAGAUCUAGCACAACUGAGGGUCCAGAAGAAAUAAUUCUGCUUAAAGCCAACAAGGAGACUGGAAAAUCCAUGGUACCGGACUUGAUCGAAGAGGAUCCUAUUCAACAUGGACAUGAUCCUGAAGAUGUGGCAACUGAUAUAGCUGCCUCAGGUGAUAUCUACAGUACGGAAAGUGCCACUGAUGACAUGCUUCAACCGACUUUUGAACCAGAAAUCGUUCUGGAAACUGCUCCAACAAGCAGAGCUGAACACGACAGCUGCUGUGGAAAGAAGGAACAAGCUACAGAAGUGGAUGAAAAUGAAGAAGUCAAGGCAAAGUCCUGCAAUACCACGGACCUCACAGACCUCACAGAAGAAACCAUCGGAACAAGUCUGGCUGACAACUCUGAUACUACACAGAAGGAAAAUGAAAGUGAAAUCAAGUUAUCGGAGGAGUCUGAAGCAGCUGGGGCAGAUAGGAGUUUGGAAGGCAAUGCACCUGAAGACAAUGAAAGCUCCGAGAAGUCUCCUCAGAUUCCACCGCCCACGCAUGGGGAAAUGACACUUGAAGUGGAAGGAGAAGAAAAAGGGAAAUCUGAUGUCAUUUUAGCUGAUAACAGCAGCAUCACUGGGCUGGACAAGGUUAUAGAGCAAGCGUCGAUGUCCGAAAAAGAUUCUGAAGAAAUGGUGAACAAGAAUGAAGGGGCAAAUGAGUUCAAAAGAUUGUUAGAUGAGAUACCUGAACCAACUGAGGCAGAUAGUAAUGAUAUUGCAAAAACGGAUGGAACCAUUCUUUGCCAUGAAGAAUUAUCAGCAAAAGGAAAUGAUGAGGACAAUGCCAAGUACGAACAAAAUGAGAUAAACAAGAUCGACGAGCAAACGGGGAGAUCUAGCACAGCUGAGGGUCCGGAAGAAAUAAUUCUGCUUAAAGCCAACAAGGAGACUGGAGAAUCCACAGCACCAGACUUGAUCAAAGAGGAUCCUAUUCAACAUGGACAUGAUCCUGAAGAUGUAGCAACUGAUAUAUCUGCCUCAGGUGAUAUCUACAGUACAGAAAGAGUCACUGAUGCGAUACUUCAACCGACUUUUGAACCAGAAAUCGUUCUGAAAACAGCUCCAACAAGCAGAGCUGAACCUGACAGCUGUUGUGGAGACAAGGAGCAAGCUGCAGCAGUGGACGAAAAUGAAGAAGUCAAGGCAAAGUCCUGCAAUACCACAGACCUCACAGACCUCACAGCAGAAACCAUCAGAACAAGUCUGGCUGAGAACUCCGAUACUACACAAAAGGAAAAUGAAUGUGAAAUCAAGUUAUCAGAGGAGUCUGAAGCAGCUCGGGCAGAUAGGAGUGUGGAAGGCGAUGCACCUCACGACAAUAAAUGCUCUGAGAUGUCUCCUCAGAUUCCACCACCGACGCAUGGGGAAAUGACAUGGGAAGUGGAAGGAGAAGAAAAAGGGACAUGUGAUGUCAGUUUAGCUGAUAACAGCAGCAUCACUAGGCUGGACAAGGUUAUAGAGCAAGCAUCGAUGCCUGAAAAAGAUUCUGAAGAAAUAGCGAACAAGAAUGAAGGGGCGAAUGAGCUCAAAAGAUCGUUAAAUGAGAAACCUGAACCAACUGAGGCAGAUAGUACCGAUAGUGCAAAAACAGAAGGAACCAUUCUAUGCCAUGAAGAAUUAUCCGCAAAAGGAAAUGAUGAGGACAAUGCCAAGUACGAAGAAAAUGAGAUAAACAAGAUCUAUGAGCAAACCGGAAGAUCUAGCACAACUGAGGGUCCAGAAGAAAUAAUUCUGCUUAAAGCCAACAAGGAGACUGGAGAAUCCACAGCACCAGACUUGAUUGAAGAGGAUCCUAUUCAACAUGGACAUAAUCCUGAAGAUGUAGCAACUGAUAUAGCUGCCUCAGGUGAUAUCUACAGUGCGGAAAGUGCCACUGAUGACAUGCUUCAACCGACUUUUGAACCAGAAAUCGUUCUGGAAACAACUCCAACAAGCAGAGCUGAACACGACAGCUGUUGUGAAAAGAAGGAACAAGCUACAGAAGUGGACGAAAAUGAAGAAGUCAAGGCAAAGUCCUGCAAUACCACAGACCUCACAGACCUCACAGAAGAAACCAUCGGAACAAGUCCGGCUGAGAACUCUGAUGCUACACAGAAGGAAAAUGAAUGUGAAAUCAAGUUAUCGGAGGAGUCUGAAGCAGCUAGGGCAGAUAGGAGUUUGGAAGGCGAUGCACCUGAAGACAAUGAAAGCUCUGAGAUGUCUCCUCAGAUUCCACCGCCCACGCAUGGGGAAAUGACACGGGAAGUGGAAGGAGAAGAAAAAGGGACAUCUGAUGUCAUUUUAGCUGAUAACAGCAGCGUCACUGCGCUGGACAAGGUUAUAGAGCAAGCAUUGACACCUGAAAAUGAUUCUGAAGAAACACUGAACAAGAAUGAAGGGGCAAAAGAGUUCCAAAGGUCGUUAAAUGAGAUACCUGAACCAACUGAGGCAGAUAGUACUGAUAGUGCAAAAGCGGAUGGAACCAUUCUAUGCCAUGAAGAAUUAUCAGCAAAAGGAAAUGAUGAGGACAAUGCCAAGUACGAACAAAAUGAGAUAAACAAGAUCUAUGAGCAAACAGGGAGAGCUAGCACAACUGAGGCUUUGGAAGAAAUAAUUCUGCUUAUAGCCAACACGGAGGCUCAAGAAUCUACAGCACCAGACUUGAUUGAAAAGGAUCCUAUUCAAGAGAGGACUACCAAAGCAAUAGCCCAUGGAGAGGACAAUGCGAUGGGAUGCCAGAUCAAUCCAUCAACUGAAGAAGCGGACUACACCAAAGACAUCACAGAGGAAACAAACAAAGCAAGAGACUUUGAGGUAAGUGCAGAGGGGAUUAGUGAAGGCAGACCUUCAAAAGACAAUCGAGAAGAAGAAAAUAACGAGGAGGUACCCAUGCAAUCAGUUACAUUCACUUCACGUGAGAAAACAGAUGAACGAGAGGAAGAUGCAAAAUCCAAACUCUCUCCUGCAGUGGAUGAACAAGAGAGUGAAAACCAGAAGUCAAAGUUUAUGAUUGAUGCAAUCUCCUUAAAUGAAGAGGAUAAGGACGCGAAGGACUUCACAGAACAGAUGGAAGCUGCAUGCUCAAUUGAAAAUACUGCCAACACCGAAAAGGACAAUACAGAGACAUGUAAUACAAUCCACUCUACCAGCAUUGAAAAAUGCUCAGAAAAAGAAAUGCCGCCUAAGGAGCAUGAUGAAUAUCACCGAUCAGACUCCCCUUUUGCACCCCCUGAAACCAGUUCCGAGGUCAAUGGAGCAGCUGAGAGUUUAGAAGUGCCUUCUGCUAGCGGUUCCCAAGCUGCCCAAGUUUCUGGCAUAGAAGAUGGCAUUCCCGCCAAUGAUAAUGAACCGGAAGCCAAAAAUGAUGCAGCAAGUACUGAUAUUGUUUCAGCAGUAGAUGAGCUUCCAACAUUGGCGAAGCAGGACAGAAGGUUGGAAAAUACAGACAGCAAUGUGAAGGAAGAUGACUUGACUGACUUAGGUCAGGAAAAAGGGGAGACUCCAGUAUCAGCUGAUGCAACAAAAGAAUUGACAGAGUCUGAAAUAUUGGAUAAAGAACCUAAAGAUUUUAAAGAUUUAGGCACUACUGAAAAACCUGCUUUGGACAUUUCAGAAGGAAGGCCCUGUUCAAUCCUGAAAACUGAAGCUGGUGAGGAAGAAUGUGAGGCUUCUGCAGAAUAUGAAGGCCCAGACAAGAAUGAAGGACAUCUAUUUGGUGCUCAUUCGACCGAAGGUGUCUUGAUGCCACAAGACGAUGAAUCUACAAACACAGUCUCUGAAUCUGAGGAGGUUGAAACUGCAAAGAGGAAUGCUCAAAAGGAAGUGAGUGAAGAUCUACACGUUGCUCCUGAGGUGCAUUUUGCUGAUCUCAAUAUUGCAAAAGGCACAUAUAUCUCAGCCUCCAAUGGAACAGAAGAAACAGAAAAUCAGACUCAGGUGGACCAACAUAAUGCUAUAUCAGAUGAGAGAUCUGUAAAUACAUAUUUAGAAAUGAAGGAAAUUGAAGGUGAGACCCAUGAUGAAGCCUUGAAGCACCAGGAAUCAUUUGCACCUGAGACAGAUAUUAAGAACAGAACCCUGGAAGGAAAGGUUUCCACAGAGAAUGCCGAGGACAACUUAAAGGAAGAUCCUGUGCCAGAUAAAGCAGCAUUCCACUCCGAAAUCAGUACUCCCAUUACAGAAGAGAAAGGAGCUGCUGACACGACAUCCACUCAAAAUCUCAAAACAAUGGAGUUGACUGAAAAGACAGAGACAACAAACAUGGAGAUUGAAGAACAUUCGGGAUUGGAAAGGGAGACAUAUAUUGCAGGGGAAGUGGAAGAAGAGGUACAGUACCGAGAUAAAGAAGAUCCAGUUGGUCUCGUCAUCACACCGGUGGAAAUAAUCAAGGAGGAUACAAUCAAGGAACCAGACAGUGCUGUCAAUAGGGAUAUUGCUGCUGUGGAAAUCGGACAGGAAGAGGUGAGACCACCAAAAAAACAGCUAGAUGACAGACCCAAUAUGGCAUCUGGUAUUUGCUCGGACAUGGGGCUUCCAGAAAGAACAGAAAUUGACCACGGUGAAGAGAUUGAUGGAACGGAGUAUAAUGAAAUUUCCACCAACUUGCCGCCUAAAUCUUCAGAAAGCGAUACUAAGAGCGCACAGCGAGAGAUUACUGUUGUUGAGAAUCCAACAACAACAGAAGAAAUUGAGCUACCUUCAGAUAAAAAGGAUGAAACAAGAGCUUCGGAUGCUAAAGAAAGUACCGAAACAGAGAACUGCACAUCUAUUGAGAACGCAGAUGCAGAAGAAACAGAAAAGCUUGAAGAAAUUUCUGAAAGGCUAGCUACAUCCUCUACCCAAAAUGGAGAAGCAGUGAAAGAUGGAAGCACACCUGAUCAGACUACCCCUCGAGAAUCAACACUUGAGCUCCUGACACCAGCUUCAAUGUCUCUUCUGGAAGAAAAAGAAGGUGGACCUAAAACUGCAGAUGAGAAGAUUAAAGAUGACAAAGAAGAGGAGGUUGAAAUGCAAUUAAAUGAGAAUCUACAAUUAUCUUCAGGGACAGUGCAGACAGAGGAAGCAUGCUUUGAUAAGAAAGAGACCAAUAACGAUGGAGUCUCAGAAAUAGACAGUGAAGAUUCUGAGGGUGAAAAAGACAUUCCAAAUGAACAGAAAAAUGACUGCACUCAUGGAGAAGAAGUUCUGAAAGUAGAGACUCAGGAAAAAGAAAGCAAGACCACAAAUCCUGAUUCUCCAGAGGUCGAUAAUACCACUGCCAAAGUUAGUGUUAUCACAGAGGAAGCAUCUAGCAUUGUAUCAAGCAAAAGUGAAAAUGCGCAUGAAGUCGUGCCAGAUAUUCAGACAAACGAAAGUUUCACAAGAUUAGAGGAUGCUGAUUUGAAAGGCCUGGAAGUGGAGGCAACCAUCGCUGAUGUCAAGCCUGAACAGAAGUGUGAGGAUGCAAUUGAAGCAAUUGAUAUCUCACAGAAUGCAAUCACUGAUGAAGUGGUGCUUCAGGGACAAUUAAAGACAGAAGACACUCAAAAUGAGGAAGAACUUGAGACAGGGGAAGGUGAUAAGAAAUUAUUACUCAAAAGCUGCAAAAUUGAUGAGAUGAAGGACUUUGUCCCCGUACUAGAAGAUUCUCAAGCAAUAGAUCAAGCUGAAGAAGCACAAGCAGGAAAUGUAGAUAAUGAGGAAAUUCAAAUCAGCAAAAUAGAGAAUGAUGGUGAAAGUAUCUCUACUUCAAAAACUGCAGAUGCCACCAAAGACAUCGAGAAGGAGGUUGUGAAGGAAACAGCAACCCUUGAUCAUUUCAAUGACCUGACUACAGCUGCAGUUGAAACUGAAGAAAUUGGCAUUCCUGCAAAGGAAGCAUCUAGUGGUGUGUUUGAUGAAAUUGCACAUGAAGUGAUGUCAGAUGCUCAAGAAAGUGGAAGUUCAAUAGAAUUGGAGCAUGAUGAAAUGAAAGGUAUGAAAGUUGAGGCAGUCGCUGCUGAUGUCAAGCCUGAAGAGAAGUGUGAGGCUGCAAUUGAAGCAAAUCGAAUUUCACAGAAUGGAAUAAUUAACGAAGGGGUGACUGAUGAAAAUAAAAAGUCAGAAGAAACUCAACAUGGGGAACAACGUGAGAAUGGAGAAGGUGAUACCAAAACCAGUGAGAAGAAAGACUGCUUUGGCCCCAUACUCGCUGAAAAUACUGAAGAGAAAGAUCAAGAUGAACAAGCACAAGCAGGAAAUGCAGAUACAGAGCAAAAUAGUGACAAGCUAAAGGACGGUAUUUCUGUUUCAAAAACUGAAGAUCCAACCAAAGACUUCGACGAGAACAUAAAGAAAACAGAUACCCUCGAUGAGCUUAAUGUCACUACCAUAGCCACUGUGGAAACAGCUGCCGAAAUUAGCAUUCCGAAGGAAGAAGCAUCGGGCGUUAUGUUCCCAAAAGGGGAGCAUAUUCAUGAAAUAUCCGAUGUCCAAACAAAUGAAAGUUCCAUAGGAUCAGAGGAUGCUGACAUGAAUACUAUGAGAGUUGAGGCAGUCACUGCUGAUGUCGAGCCUGCAGAGAAGUGUGAUGAUGGAAUUGAAGAAAUUGAUAUGUCACAUAAUGAAAUAAUUAAUGAAGGGAUGACUGACGAACAUAUGAAGGCUCCACUGCUUGAGAGCUGCAACAUCAGUGAGAAGAAAGAAUCAGGCAAAGCAUUAAUUGAAGUUACUGAAGCAGCAGAUCAAGUUGAACUGGCAAAAGCGAGACAUGCAGAUAAUGAGGAAUUUCAAUCCAGUGAAAGCAAGAUUCAUGACAGGCUAAAAGACAGCGUCUCUGUUUCAAAAACUGAAGAUGCAACCAAAGACGUUGAGAAGGAGAUCGUUACUGAAGCCUGUACCACUGAUGAGUUCAAUGCCACAAGUUUCAUUACAGUGCCAGAAAACACAGAAAUCAAAAUUCCCACAGAAGAAGCAUCUGGCUUUGUGUUAAGCAAAAGUGCAAAUACAUAUGAAAUUUUUUCAGAUGUUCAAGCAAAAGAAAGUUCCAUGGGAUCAGAGGAUUCUGAAACAAAUGGUAUGCAAGGUGAGGAAGUCGUGGCUGAUGUCAAGCCUGAAGAGAAGCAUGAGGAUGCAAUUGAAGCAAAUGAUAUGUCUCAGAAUGCAAUCACUAGUGAAGAGGUACUUGACAGUCAUACAAAGGCAGGUGUGGAAGAAAACGAGACCAGGGAAGGUGACAAUGCAUCAUUACUUGGGAGCUGCAAAAUUAAUGAGAAGAAAGAUUUUGGCCCAGUAGUAGCUGGAGAUACAGAAGCAACAGAUCAAGUUGAAGAGGCAGAAUCAGAAAAUGCAGAUAAUGAGGAGAUUCAAACCAGCAAAAGCAAGACAGAUGACAAGCUAGAAGACAGUGUCCUUGUUUGUAAAACUGCAGAUGCAACCAAAGACAUUGGAAAGACGACCAUAGAGGAAGUAGAUACCUCUGAUGAGUUCAAUACCACAACUAUAGCUGCAGCAGAAACAGAGAUUGCUAUGCGGGUGCCUCAGGAAGAGGAGACUCGUGUAGGGACAUCCACAGUGCCACCAGAUAUUGUGACAGUUCAAAAUUCCAAUGCAGAUGAUUUUGAGAGAAUUGGAAUGGUUUCUGAACUAUCUCAUGAUAGCAAUUCUACAAAUGACGAAACAAUUGAUGGAGCAGAGAAAACAUCAAACAAUGAAAAGCUCGGCUUGGUUGAAAGUGAAGUAGAAUCAGAACGAACUGCCCACCAAGUAACUGUACCCAAAACUGAUCAAGGAAAGACAGUUUUAAGAGAAGAAACAACUGCUGAUCAGACUCUCUCAGAAAAGAAACCAGAGUUGCUAGUUCAGACACCCGUGUUUGCAUCACUUCCAGGAGGAGGGGAGGAGAACAUAGAGAAGGUUGAAAAUGUAGAAGGAAAUGACAAAGUGGCAGGAGAGAUGGAACUAAAGGAGAAUCUAGAACUGUCUUCGUCUGCAGAAAAGACAGAUACAGAAUGCUUGGAGAGGAGAGAGACAAGAAAUUCUGGAGUCACUGAAUUAGAGAUCUCAGCAAGUGAAAGUACACAUGAUACAAAUGAAGAUGAAAAAGAACAGAACACUCAUGGUGAAGCUCUAAAAGCAGCCCCUGAAGAAAAAGAAAAGGAGACAGAACUUGCUGAUUCUCCAUUGAGUAGUAUUAAAAACAAAGAACUUAGCGGAACAUAUGAGAAAGCAUCUGAUGUAAUGUUCAAGACAAGCAAAACUGCACAAGGUGACGUGCCAGAAGUUCAGACAAUGGAGACCUUUGAAGAAUUGGAAGGUGGUGAAAUUCAGGAUGUGAACUUGGAAGCAGUAGCAAUUUCAGAACCUGCAGAACAGAGUGAGGAUGCAAUUUUAGCAGACAAUGUCGAAGAAGAGAUGCGAAAUGAACAAGAAAAGGCUGAUGGCAUUGAAGAGAUAAACGAGCAAGAGACUACGAAAGAUGUCGAUUCAAAGGAAACUCAUGGAACAACGCCUGGGAACAGCAUAAUCAAUCAGGACAUGCACACGGGCUCCGAAUCAGCAGGACAAAUAACACUCUGCGAUGAGCAAACAAAUGCAGAAAUGCCAGAGAUUGAGAAAAAUCUAGCUAGCAAAAGUGAAUCAUAUGUCCCAGUAGCAUUGGAAAAAGAGAACAUACUGAAUGGAGGUGGUAUCUACAUCGCACAAGCCAAAGAUGCACUACAGGAUUUUGAUGUCACAGAAGAGAUCAAAGAGGAAGCAGGCAGUUGUUUUGACAAGACUGAUACUGCAGCAAUGACCUCUCUGAGAACAGAGACCGGCAUGCUUGCAAUCCAGCAAGAUGACAAGCCUGUGGAGGCAUCUCCUCCCGACUUAGAGGGACCAUCACCAGAAGCAACAGAGCCUGGUCUAAUUCUCAGUAGCAAAAAUAUUGACAAGGAAAAUCUUGAAGAGACCUCUGCUUCCUCUGUUAGUCAACUAUCUGAUACAGAGAUAGGGAAUGCAACCAUUCAGAAUCCACAUGUAAGUGAGUCCAGAACCAAUGUGGUGGACGAAAAUGACUCCUCAUUGUUUCUGGCAAAGAAAGAGGGUGAAGCAGCAACCAUGGAUGAGAAUUUCGGAGAAAAGAGCUUAGAUGGAGAGAUGGGGCAGAGUAAUGAGAAUAAAAUAUCGACAGGUGUGACAGAAGUGAGCUGUGAAAAGGCAGACUCCAUAAAGCAUGCGGAUACUGAAUUCGAAAUCCAAGCCAAUCGAGUCACCAAGGACACAUGUGAAGAGGACAAGGAAGGAAGCAAUCAAGUUGAAAAUCUGAAACCAGACCUUCCAGAAGAAGAAAGCGAGAGAAGAUCUGUGAGUGCUGCAUCAGCUGACCUGGGAGACGUGGGUACUUUGGCAGUCAAAGUCACAGAACCUAGGGGAGAAGUAUCAGAAAUUCAAGCACAUGAAAUUUCUGCAGAAUGCGAGGCUGUAAAAAUUGAAGAUUCAAAGGAAGAAGCUGAUGAUUUGAAGCCUGAAAAACAUUGUGACAUUGCAACUGAAGCAGCUGAUACUCUGAAGGACGAAAUUAUUCAUGAACAGGUGAAUAUUGGUCCAGGAGAUUCAGAUGAACGUGAAAACUUGAUGAAAGAGCAUCAGGUCGAGGAGAAUUGUGACCAAAAAGAAAUUGUUGCUGUGUCACCUGGGAACCGUGCAAUCUGUGAGGAGGGAGAUUCCAAUGCAGUAUCAAUGGAACAUAUAGAAGCAUCAUAUUCAACUGAAAAGACCAAAAGAGGAAAUUCGGAUGUUGAGGAAAUACACAACGGUAAAUGUGAUGCACAAAUCCAGGAAGUAUUGCAUCAAGAAAAGAUACAGGAAGAAGAAAAUUGUGGCUCUGUUGCCCCAACUGAGCAUGCAACCAAAGAUAGCGAGGAGCUAACAAAGGAACUGGAUUCUUGCUAUGUUAUGGUUGACGCUGCACCAAAGACAUCUUUAGUAUCAAUUCCCAGCUCCUGUCCUAAAGAAGAAAAGCCUGUAGAUGACUCUGGUACUGGCUUUGACAAGGAAUUGCCCAAACAAGUAGAGACUGAGACUAGUCUAUUCGAUGGAAAAGGUGAGACACAGCUUGAAGAGGAGCGUUUAGCUACGGAUGAUGAGAAUGUGACUGCUGAAAAUCUGAAGGCAGAUGGAUUGGGGAGAAUAACAAUUGCUUCUGAAGCAGUGCUAGGUUCCAGAGAUCCAGGUAUGGACGUUAUUGAUGCAAGGGAGGAAACAACUGCAGAAGAGCUGGAUGUGAGCGAAAGCAGAUCUCAUUGCCCCGAAUUAGUUCAAGAAGCAGAUGCAACAUCUGACCAGAAUACAUCAGCAAAAGAACCGGAGGUGCAAAUUCAGACACCAGUCUCUGCAUUGCAUCAAGAGGAACAUAAAGAUGUAAGGAAACAAGACACACAGAAUGUGCAAGAAACCGAAACUGUGCCAUUUUCCUCAGCAGCUGAAGCAAAGGAAGAAAUCUGGCAGAAGGAAAAUAGACAGUUCGAACCUCCAAAAGUCCAUUCUAGAGGCAGUGAAACCAUACAGGAUGACUUAACUGAAAAGUACAAUGAAUGUAGCAGUACACAGGAUGAAGGUUGGGAACCUGAGUCUCAAAAUGAAACCAAAUGCACUGAUUUUCCAUCAGACAGUGAGAAACUCGCGGUUCUAACAAGUGCAACUGAGAGUCAUGAGCAAGAAGUUUGUGAUGACUUGGUCAAAUCUGCAUCACAGGUUAAAAUUCAGGAAGACUUUAAUGAACCAAAGGACACUAGAGUUGAGGAAAACCAAGUCUAUGAGUUAGCACGUGAUUUUAGAGCUGAAGAGAAAGGAGAGGAAACAUCAAAAGCAAAUGAAACCUCACAGGGUGAAAACACCGAAGGGCAGGGCAAAAGCAAACACAGUGCAGUUGAAGAUAUUGCUCUGAAAGAGUUUGACAAGGUGCAUUUUGAAAUGGAGACAGUAGAUAAAAACUAUAUAGAUGAAGGUGAGGGAAAGAUCAGUUCAGAAGGAGUAACUGAAUCAGACUUCAAGGACCAGCACAGUAAAGCAAACUCUGGAAGCAGCGCGACAGAUGCCCUAGCAAUAUGUAACGAAGAAUCAAGUGUGGAGAAGACUCAAGAAGGAGACAACUUGGAUCUUGAAGAAGUAAGGGAAACCAAUCCAGUUCUUGAACAGAAAGAGUACGCCUCAAUUGCCAUGCCUGAAAUGCCAGUUUCAGGGGAAGCAUGUCUGAGGACGACUGCAGAUGUCACACUAACAGAAGGCAAUGAAGACAGAUCACCUGCAGGGAAGGAAAGAAAUAUUGAAACCAUUCAAAACUCCGAAGCAAGCAAUGUUGAACUUGGGGAUCCUUCAAAAGCUGAUCUUGAACUGAAAGGAAUUGAAUAUGGAGGAGAGAGAACGUGCAGUUCUGAUGCCAAGACAAGUGAGGAGGAAUUGGCAAAAGACACGUCUGUUGGCUCAUUGACUGACCUCUUAAGCAAUAUCCCCCAAGGCAAUUCACCAACCACUGAGCCUUCGUCUAAAGAGAGAAGACCAACAGAUGAACCGGACAUUGUGCCACCUCAAGAAGUGAAGAGAGAGGAAGAAAGAGACGAGCAUGAAGAAGAUGAGCAUGAAAGGACAGAACAAGGACAUGAUGCUCCAGUCAUGGUGGAAGCUUCCAAAGACAUCGAUGUCAAGGUGCCUCAUAAGAAAUCCCAUAACAUACUAUCAGGAGUCAGCUCAAAGGUCAAGCACUCGAUAUCGAAAGUGAAGAAAGCCAUAACUGGUAAAUCUUCUCAUUCGAAGGCACAUUCACCAAAGUGAGUACAACGAAUCCCAGCAGUGGAAAAGAACCAGAAGAAGAACCCUCUUCAGGAGCAAACGGGCAUUGUAUAUGGUCAUUUCUGCAGCACAAACAUUGUCUGCGCUUCUUCGCCGCCCAAGUGUGUUUACAAUUAGAAUUAGUGAGUGCUCCCGUGUACAGCUAUGAGAUUGCAGGUUGUUGUAGUAGCGUGUAUAGCCAUGUGUGUUUACGCAAACAUUAUCUGCUUCUACGCAGGCUUGAGUUUGUUUACAACCAGAGUUAGUGAGUGAUCGCGCAAACAGCUUUGAGUUUGCAGGUCGUUGUUUUACCAUUCA